AUGCCAAGCUCAUGUAAAGAGAUUCGCGCCGCGCUGGCGCAAUGCCUCCAAGAGUCCGACUGCGUUAUGGUCCAUAGAAACUCGGCCGCCGAUUGCCUCCGUGCUCCUCUCGCCGACACUCUUCCAACCCAAUGCCAGCAGUUCAAGAGAGCCUUCGGAGACUGCAGGCGAGGCAUGAUCGACAUGCGCAAGCGAUUCCGCGGCAACCAGCCCAUCACCUUCCAGAAGCUCCAGGAGACCGAACAAUCAGGCGAUGGCUACCAGUUGUAUGCCGGCAAGUCUGCCUUUGCUGGCGGCAAGGGCGUCACAGAUGGCAACAACUCGGCUGAGCCGGACUGGAGAGAGUUGGAGAACCAGAAGUACAGAGAGCAGGCUGCUGCUGGGGCGGACAAGAAGUAA